AUGUCCUCCUUCAUCGACACGCCUCUGGGUUACAAGAUACACUACAAACUGUCAGGCGACCCGUCUGGCCAGCUCGUCAUCCUGACCCACGGCCUUUGCGGCUCAACCGCCACGUUUGACAAUUUCGUGCCGCUGCUUCCGGAGCGCUUCCACGCCGUCAGCGUCGACUUCCCCGGCUUUGGCAAGUCGCCGCGGCCCUCGGCAGCAGACCCGCUGCGCCAGCGGGCAGCGCCGGCGCCCGCAAGCCCGUGCUCCUCGUGGGACACUCGCUGGGCGCCGUUGUCAAUCUACACGCUGCUGCUGCCGCUGCCACCUCAUCUCCCGUUGGCGGCCUCUUGCUUCUGGGACCCGGCCGCGCGCGCCGCCAUGGUGGACCUGGCCGCGCUGGUGCGCGCCCAGGGCAUCGCCGCCGCCGCCACCAAGGCCGCCGAGGUGACCAAUUUCUAUGCGGACACGCCCGAGCGGACGGUUCCCGCUCUGCUCCGACGGAGCGUGUACGACGCCGUCGCCGCAUCCGACCCGGAGGCAUACGCCCAGACGUGUGAGGCCAUGGUGGCGGAUGACCACGUCGACCCUGCGUACGGCGCCAUAACGUGUCCUGUGGUGUUUGUGGCGGGCGACAAGGACAGAAUCAGCCCCGUGACGCGGUCGGAAGACCUGGCCAAGCUGGUGGGCGGGCCGGUCGAGGUGCAGGUUGUGCGCAGCGGGCACCAGCUGAUUCUGGAGGACUCGGAGGGCGUGAAGCUGGCGCUGUCCAUUUUCCUGAGCCACGUGGAGAAGGUAGAGGCGGAGGCUUAG